CGUCUGGCGUGCCUUUUCGUCACAUGACGACGUGUCGGUUUACAAACACUAGGCAUUCCUUUCUUUUGCCUCUAUGGUGAAGGAGAGAGAAUGGAGGGUUGGGGUGAUGGUGAACGGGAAAGAGAAGAAUGAUCAUCAGCAAGGCUCUUUGACUUGGGAAACGGAUGUGUGUGAAACUGGAACCGAUCGCUUGAGGCGUGUGUGUGUGUGUGUGUGUGACGUAUAAUUCGGUGCAGUGAGGUAGAUGUCCGGGAUAUACACGAACGGGAGGCCCGCGUGACUGCUGCAGGGAAGAGAGAAGAGGACAGAGGGAGUGAGUUUGUGUGGUCCACCGCAAAACUCCCACGGAGUCAAAAGAUGGAAAGAGGAGGAAUAGCAAAUGAAAACAGCACAAACGUGCGGACGGCUCAAGGAGGAUGGACUGUCUAUAAUAUAUUUACGUUUACUUUCGACGGAUUUAAUUAAUUUCUUAACCUGAACGGUUUGCCGACAGGACCGAUUAAGAUCUGAUCAAGAGCUAUCUCUCUCAUCCUUCGGAUAGGUCCGGUAGUCGGACCUUCGUGAGGACAGGACAACUCGGGCCUUGUUUCGAUGCUUGUUCCUCGUCACCUUGACAAGAUCCAGACCCACUCACUGCCCUACGCAAUACACGUGGUUUCUCAUUACCGUAGAAACAACGGGAUAUCUGGUGCUUAAUAACGGGUGCUGCUACAGGACUGCGGCCUCGGGGCUCCGCCCACCGCAAUGCUAUGGGCCUUGGGAGGUAGAGAUAUUGAGAGAAAAGAACAGAGGAACGGAGCUGUGUGUCGUAAAUGCAUUCAGGUUCUCAAGGAUUAGCCCUAGGUAUUUUUUCUUAUUUUUCUCCUCACGUGAACAUGUUGAAGUUUGUCUGGGGUGCAGAUGUAAUAGGACAUAUACACUCUGCUAAGCAGCUAUUGCUGUUUUCAUAUGCUAAAUAGCCCAGUCUUCUGAGUUGAGAGUUUUUGGAAACUGCACUGUGGCGUGUCAGGAUCGAACCUUGGGGAUUGCACAACGGGCUUUGUCAUCUGCCAAUUGACAACGCAGGGCCAAAGUGAAAAGGGGGUGAUUUUUUACAAAGCAACCAACUCUCCAUCUCUCCUACACACACACACACACACACACACACACACACACCGCAUAUAGGCCUACACACACGCACACAUACACAGGCUCACCACUCUCCACACAUACACACACCAACCAUGCCAUCCCCGUCAGACUCCAGCAGUGUAGUGUCAGCCUCUGGGUCUAGGGGCUGGUCAGAUAGCUGCCGGGGCAUGUCUGGCCGUCAGGGUGGGGCCAAACUGCUGCUGUACCUGGGGCUGUGCCACCUGGGCCUGGGGGCCAUGGUCCUGGCCUUCUCCUUCACCAGCAUGGCCUUCACAUCCUCAGCCCGCGUCCGACAGUCCUGCCCCUUCUGGGCCGGCUUCUUUGUUGUGGCAUCAGGGUUAGUUGGACUUAUCUCAUGGAGAAGACCACUCACUCUUGUGGUGUCCCUCUUCAUGCUGCUGUCUGCUGUGUGUGUCAUCCUUAGUCUGGCUGGAUCCAUGCUCUCCUGUCAGAACGCACAGAUGGUCAAGUCACUCCUCACCUGCCAGGUGGAGAAUGGGUUGUGUGUGUGUUGCGCCCCAACACACUCCUGCUCUAUAAACGAGGAGGAGACCCUGGUACUCUACCUAAACGCAGACUGCCACUCUGUCAGACAUCAGCUCAAGGAUCUGUUGUUCAGUGCUUGUGGUCUGAGUAUUCUCUCUACCAUCAUCUGUACUCUCUCUACUGUCACCUGUAGUAUACACAUCUUCUCCCUGGACCUAGUGCACCUGCUCGCCCCGCACCGCUCUCGCUCCGUCAACCCAGAAUGCACCACUCCUCAGGACGCCUUCCUGACCAACAUCAUGGACUUUGAGGAGUUUGUCCCGCCCAUCCCUCCGCCCCCCUACUACCCCCCUGAAUACACCUGCAGCUCUGAGACAGACGCACAGAGUAUCACCUAUAACGGGUCGAUGGAGAGUCCAGUUCCUCUGUACCCCACUGACUGUCCCCCUCCUUACGAAUUAGUGAUGGGGCAGAGAGCAGCUAGCCAGGCCACGGUGUUUGACAGCCAUGGGAAUGAGCUGUCUGGAGAGAGGGCCACAUCCACUGCCUUCAGCGGAGAGGUCUCCAUGGACAGUGGUUCUCUGUUGAUGUCGGAGAUCAUUGACAUCCCAGACGACUCCUCACCUUCAGAGGACUCCGGCCUUGUGGGGGUGGGGGUGAGGGCUAGGGGGGAGGGAGGGGAGUAUGUGAGCUUCCGUGGCCCCCCUCCCCAACCCCCGGAGAGUCCCCUGGUAGAGAGUCCCCUGAUGGGCCCCAGGGCCAGGCGAUGCUACAGAGGAGAGAGGUCCAACUCCUGCUCCUCAUCUAGCACUGCUACAGCUACAUACAGGUCUCCAGUGUUGAGGCGACAGGCUAUGUUGGCCAGUAGUUGUUCCCAGUUGGAGCUGCUAGGGGGCGCCACCUCUCACCAGCGCUCCUCUAUCCUAGAGAAACGAGUCGGGCCUUGCACCCCUUUACGACGCGGUUCUGCCUCUGCCUCUGCAGCUCCUCCCACUUCCUCAUCCUCAGCUGUCAAUCAGCAGGGUGGUCACGGCAACGGCAUACCCCUUCCCCUACAGCCGUUGUACUUGCGUCGUCAGGGCGGAAGGAGCGAGAGGGGGGAUAGUGACGGGCUUCUGCCCCUAGUGAGGUCACACAGCGAGCCUGGCCUCAGCUCUUCUGCUGAUACAGUUGACUUCAGUGGUGGCUCAGUGGGCAGUAAAGGAGUGAGGGAGGGCUCUCAGACCUCUACAGACACAGGUCCGGCCUCCGAGGCAUGCCUGCUACCCCGCUCCUCUCUGGUGCCCCCCUCAGCCCUCCUCCCCAGGAAGGGCAGUGUGAAGGCAGCCACCAUGGGGCGCACCUUGCCCCUCUCCAAAGGCCCUGCCAACUCUCCCUUGCACCUGCCCAAAGAAUGCAACCGCUCUCUUGGGGACCUCAAGGUGACGAGGGGGUUGGUGGCUCGCUUCCUGCAGCGCUCCAAACGGAACCUGGCGUCCGCUGCAGAGAAUUCUGGGAACACGGGACAGGGUCAGAAAAGGAGAGGCGGGGUGGAGGGCAACGGGACAGGCCAUCUCCCUUUAGAGCAGGUGUUACGUAACUCCUGGGGGGCCAGCCAGGGAUCCCACCCGCCACACCCUCAUCACCGUGGUCACCACCACUCCUAUAGCGACAGCCGCCACAACCGCCGUCAUUGCAACCAACCCCCUGUGACGGAGGGGAUCCACUUGCGCAGCUGCGGCGACUUAAGCUCCUCCUCCUCUGCGUCGCUAUGGCGAUUACUGACGGCCAACCCCCCUCACGGGUCAUCAGGGGCACUGUACACAGAGUCAGCCCUGUAAGAGGGAGAGGAAGGAUGAAGGAACAGGCUACUGACAUAUCCUGAUGGGCGGUGGAGGGAGUCAGCAUUAUGAGGAGGGAACGACUGGACCUUUGCUACAGCCUUGUUCCAAUACUUUCAACAUGCAUCCUACCUCUUUCCCUUCCUCCUUCCCCUUGGAGCCCUCCUCUGCACCUGCGCCUGGCCUUCCUUUCCUGAACUUUGACCUCUCAACUAACCUCCUACCUUCAACCUCCACCUAGCCAUGCUGAACACAACUCUCUGGGAUCUCUCUUUAACUUCAAGACUAGAGAGGAUGGAGAGAAGGAGUAGGAUAAUGAAGUUUCCCCUAGACUCUGAGCUAUGGUCAGUUUAGUGUUUCUCCUCCUAAUGGUUAAGGUUAGGAUCAGUGGAGCAUAAGCUGAUCCUAGAUCUGUGUCUAAGGUAAACACUUUUCUGGAGCUGUGAACAUCACUCUUAUACGAACCGCAUACACUCAUUAAACUGCUCACUCUUUUUCAAAACUCAAAUGUACGUUCAUUUGUCCAGCUCUUCAUCCGGAGCGAAAUUCACUAAGUGUUCACGGAACUCACCUUUUUGUCUUCCACUCGUGAAAUGGUUAACCUUCCUUUUUUCCUGAUGACACUGUAAAAUGUACAGAACAUUUUUUUUUGCCCACUGACAGUGAAAGUUUAAUGGCCUGCUAGUGUCGCCGUAUGUUUACAAACUUACAUCUUUAUUAGUCUUUUUUUUGUGGUUCAUUUUCUUGAGGUAAAAUCAAAAUGUAAUCCUCAACACCCCUCAUCUAGUCCAUCUCCAAUCUGCCUUCAGAAGAAAGGUGCCUCAAACUCAAAACUCACACACCAUCUACCCCAAACUCAAAACUCACACACCAUCUACCCCAAACUCAAAACUCACACACCAUAUACCCCAAACUCAAAACUCACACACCAUCUACCCCAAA